UGAUCUUUGGCCAUGGUACUUUAGCACGCAUUUGAGUAGGUGCAUUUCUGCACUCAACAACAUUCAGUGAUUUAUUCCACGACCUGAUCAAACAUGCCGAUGCGGAAGCUGGCGACCACAGUGACAGGAGAGAAGUCGGUCCUGCAUCACAAGGCCCGUGCAACUACCAAAGGCCUCGACGCAGAUGAAGACCAAGUCGACGAAAUCCAAAAUGACGAAGAAGAGCAAGACGGGGAUGAGAACGGUAUGCUCGAGAUGUUCACCAUGCUACAAGCGUUCCAGAAACGCAAGGCGUCAAAGAGCUCGACGCGGUCGGUGGCGUUCCACACGAAGAAGAACGCGCUAUUCACGGACGUCCGAGCGACCGUCGACACGCUCGUGCGUGAGGGAGCCACAUAUAUUGAUCAAUGCAAGACGCGCCUCGCAGAGCUCAAAGCGCAGGAAGUCUCCCAGGAGAAGCACUUGAAGGACCUAUCCGCUUUACGGAAGAACCAAGAAAACACCGUGCGCGACUUACUCAAGACAUACCCUGUCAUGAUAGAAGACCUCUCCCACCGUCGAGCCGCUCAGAUCAAUGAGUCGAGUGAGCUACUCGAGGGAAAUGCGCAAGAGCGGCAAGAGUCCCGUAAGAGACUAAUUCACCUGGCCAAAGCAAGGGCGGAUGAGAUACUCGAGAGACAGAAGCUAGCAACCGAUGCCACCGCUCUUAUCAAACACUACAAAGCCUUGUUGCUGGCUUAACCAGCCAUGGCUAGACAUAACGUGUGUCGAACACACAUGUUGCUUCAGGGAAGCUGACGAACCAAGAACGACCAGGAUUAUCAUCAAUAUGUAGCAUUAGUAUACAUCAGAGUGUCCCGGUUCUACUGGACAAUCAUCAGAAGAGAGCUAUAUGCAAUGCCGGAGUGUUCCUCACCAAGU